CAGAAGAGAAGGAGCAGGACGCGGCGCAGCGGCGGCAGCAGGAGGCCGCGGAGCAGACGGAGAUCUACCGCGAGCUGGAGCGGCUGAAGAGGGAGCGCGAGGAGCAGCGGGUCCGCCUGGAGGCGGAGCGCCGGCGGCUGGAGGAGCAGGAGCGCGAGCAGCUGAGCCUGGUGGGGCGCCUGGAGGAGCAGCUGAGGGAGAAGCACGAAGCGGCCGCCGCCCUGCUGACCCUGGAGGACGCCCGGCGCCUGGAGGAGGAGCGGCGAGCCCUGGCCGAGAUCAGAGAAGCUCUCCUACGCGCCAAGGAGGCCGCGGAGCGACCGGACGCGGAGGACGCCGGCGAGGAGGCGCGCUCCGCCCAGCUACGGUACGCAACCUUCAAACGGGCGCAGGUGAAGGAGCUGGGCGAGCUGGAGGAGGGUCUGCGUCUGCAGAGGGGGCGUCUGGAGAAGGAGGUCGCCGCCGAGCGGAGCGCCCUGCUGCACCUCACGCAGGGACUCCGAGAGAAACACCAGCAGCUGAAGGAGACGCAGACGAAGGGGGCGCAGGACGCCACGGCCGUCUCCCAGGAGGAGCAGCUGGUCAGACAGGCGGAGCACCGGCUGCAGCUGAAGGAGCGCCAGCUGGCCAGCGUGGCCGACGGCCUCCUCCCCACGCUGGCCGAGGAGAGGCAGAGAGCCGCGGAGGUGCUGGAGCGCAGCGGGGGGGGCGGCGGCGGCGGCGGCCCACCGGGCCUGGACAACACCCUGUUCCAGGUGGAGAAGGAGCUGGAGGACAAGGAGGAGAAGCUGAACCUCCACUGGCUCGGGGCGCAGCAGCUGCAGCAGCUGCAGGAGACAUACGAGUUCACGGCCAACGUGGCGCGCCAGGAGGAGAAGGUGCGGAGGAAGGAGAAGGAGAUCCUGGAGUCGAAGGAGAAGCAGCAGCGGGAGGCGAUGGAGCAGGCGGUGGCCCGGCUGGAGAGGAGGCACUCGGCCCUGAGGCGCAGCGUCUCCCUGGAGCCCGACACCGAGGAGCAGAGACACAAGACCUCCGCCGCCAGGACCCUGAGGACCGGGGGAGACCUGGACCAGCAGAGAGUUGAGCGUGAGAUCCAGAAGCUGAGACGAAGGAUCAGCGAAGGCGAGGAGAACACCAGGACUCACUCCAUGAGCAACGAGGAGAAGACGAGUCACAGCAGCUCUCCGGUCGCCCACAUCCAGAGUCUCACCCCCCUGCUGCCGCUGUCCGACGACAGGAUAAACGCCUACAUCGAAGAGGAAGUCCAGCGACGGUUACACAAGCUGAACCUGCUCAACGGCAGCGGCAGCAGCAACAUGGAUCUGUCUCCGUCUCCGUCCUCCGAGUCCCUCAGGGUAAGAACUACGUCCCUUUCUUCCUCUACGUGUUAUUAA